GGCAUGAGGCGCUGCCCGUGCCGGGGGAGCCUGAGCGAGGCGGAGGCCGGGACGCUGCCCGCCGCGGCCCGCAUGGGGCUGGAGGCACCGCGAGGGGGGCGGCGGCGGCAGCCAGGACAGCAGCGACCCGGGCCUGGCGCGGGGUGCCCUGCCGGCCGGCCGGAGAGGGGCGGGCCCCCAGCCUGUACUGAGGAGUCCAUCCUGCACAGCGAGCCCGAGAGUGCUGGCAUCGGGCCUGACCUAAGGACAGGCGGUCUACAGACAGAAUCCUGGACAGACGGACAGGUUGAGCUCGAAGCAGCUGGCCUAGGAACCAAGACUGAGAGGCCCAGCCAAAACACUGAGCUAGACAUGUCUGGCCUCCAGACACAUCUAGAAAGAAGCAGCCACUGGACAGAGCUGGAGAUGGCCGGUCCCUGGACCGAGACUGCGACAGAUGGCGUUUGGACUGAUCCACACAAAUCCGACCUCCAGUCUCAGCCAGAGAGGGCCAGCCUCUGGACCCAGCCAGGGUCUGAUGAACCCUGGACAGAACUAGAAAUAUUUGGGCGGCAGACUCAGCCACAGGGGGUCGAGCCCUGGGCUGAUAACCUCUGGACCCACCAGAGCAGGUCCAACCUCCGGACUCACCCAGUGGGAGCCUGUCCCUCAACAGAACCAAGUGCUGGUGACUCCCAGAAAGAACUGUACACAGAGAGCUCCAGGAUUCCACAGGAUACUGAAGGCUCUCAGAUACAACAGAACACUCAGACAGCCUGGAAACAGCCUGGAUCUGAUUUUUUCCCAGCACAGCAAACUAUCGAACACCUCCGGACACAGCCUGGCACGGAUGGGCCCCAGACAGCACCUGAAACUGACUGCCUUUUGGAGGAGCCCAACGGAGAUGGCUCAUUAGAGGGACCAGAACCUGGAGAGUUGACUCAACUCUACUCUCAACUGGAGUGUGGCUCCCUGUGCACUGUUCCCCGCCUCAUCAUCACCCCUGAGACCCCUGAGCCUGAGGCCCAGCCACUGGGACCCCCAUCCCGUAUUGAGGGGGGCAGUGGUGGCUUCUCCUCUGCCUCCUCUUUUGACGAGUCUGAGGAUGACCUGAUGGCUGGGGGUGGAGGUACCAGCGAUCCCGAGGACAGGUCUGGGAACAAAUCCUGGAAGAAGCUGAAGACGGUUCUGAAGUACUCACCCUUUGUGGUCUCCUUCCGUAAACACUACCCUUGGGUCCAGCUUUCCGGACAUGCUGGGAACUUCGAGGCAGGAGAGGAUGGCCGAAUUCUGAAACGCUUCUGUCAGUGUGAGCAGCGCAGCCUGGAAGAGCUUAUGGGAGACCCUCUGCGGCCUUUUGUGCCAGCCUAUUACGGCAUGGUGCAGAGGGAUGGUCAGGCCUUCAACCAGAUGGAAGAUCUCCUAGCAGACUUUGAGGGCCCUUCCAUCAUGGACUGCAAGAUGGGCAGCAGAACUUACCUGGAAGAAGAGCUGGUGAAGGCUCGAGAACGACCCCGGCCCCGGAAGGACAUGUAUGAAAAGAUGGUGGCUGUGGACCCUGGGGCCCCCACCCCUGAGGAGCAUGCCCAGGGUGCGGUCACCAAGCCCCGCUACAUGCAGUGGAGGGAAACCAUGAGCUCUACCUCUACGCUAGGCUUCCGGAUCGAGGGUAUCAAGAAAGCUGAUGGCACCUGCAACACCAACUUCAAGAAGACACAGGCACUGGAGCAGGUGACAAAGGUGUUGGAGGACUUUGUGGACAGAGACCAUAGAAUUCUGAGAAAGUACGUGGCCCGCUUAGAAGAACUUCGCGAAGCUCUGGAGAGUUCCCCCUUCUUCAAGACCCACGAGGUGGUGGGCAGCUCCCUCCUCUUUGUGCAUGACCACACUGGCCUGGCCAAGGUGUGGAUGAUUGACUUUGGCAAGACCGUAGCACUGCCUGACCACCAGAUGCUCAGUCACAGGCUGCCCUGGACUGAGGGCAACCGUGAGGAUGGCUAUCUCUGGGGCCUGGAUAACUUGAUCCAACUCCUUCAGGGGCUGGUCCAGAGUUGACCCAUGUGAUAGCUGCCAGACUCACUCGCUGGAUGGUGCCACUCUGGCUAGAGAAGCCCUGAGAUGCCAUACGAGCCCAGCGUCAGGAGAGGUUGCAUUGUAGUGCAAGAUCAGUGUAGAGGGCCUUGGGAGACCAGGCAACACGGGCUCCUUCGUGAUAUGGGGAAAAUGACCAGGUGAGGUCACAGUGAGUCAGCAGAACUGGGCCCCCUGAUCGUCUAGGAAAGCUUCGGAGGGCCUGCCAGAGGAUACAACUCAACCAUGCUGUCUGAGAACACAUCAGUUGUCACAGAAGACAGGUGUGACAGUUUGCCACCACAUGAAUGACCUGUAACUGCCCCUUGUCUGCCCCUCCCAGCUCCCAGUCCUGGAGAACACAUGCAGGAGCUGUUUGUCCACCCCAGGGACGGACAGCCCAGUGUCUAGCUGGAAGCCAUUCAAGUGCUGAGACAGGCCAUGAGGGUGUGACACCAUGGGACAGCCUGCUGAUGCUGCCUGAGGGCUGGUGCUGGUGGGUGGGACACUGCUUAUCACCUCACCAUGGCCCAGUGAGAUCCUUUCUUUUCCUCCAAGGACUUUGCUGACUUGCUGCAGACCCAAACCACAGCCACAUCCACCUGUGUGCUAGCACUGGCCAGUAUGACCUCUGUCCUUGGCGUUCCACAUCAGGACUUCCUUCUCCUGUCCACGCAUAGGGCUUUUGUGUCCUUCCUCUUAGCUGACUACAGCUGCUGGGAGGAGUAUAUGAGGCAGAGGCAGUAGGUUUCCUUCUUGGGAGUCAGAGCUGUCUUGCCUGGGAGGGCCCCCCAGUGAAAUGCCAGGUGACCCAGAAAAAUGGGUUGCUGUGGCUGCUGUUCAUGACUUCAAACCAAAGACUCUAGAACCCUGGGUGUGAAAAAUGUCUUCUCCAUCACAGUGCUCCAGUACUGUUAACUUUGGCUUCCUUGCCCACUCGGGUGGGCUUGGGGAGGACAGGCAUCUACCUCUUCCCUAAGCUGAAGCCCUGUCAUCUUCCAGGGCUGAGACGGCCACCUUUUCUACUUAACAUCUUUGUAAGCGAGGUAGUUGUUAGGUGGGGUAGUGCUGGGAAGCAGAAGGAAAAAUGGCUUCACUGUCCUUUGCCCACAACACCCCAAUAAACAGGACACUCAGUCAAUAUUGUGGUUUUUUCCUUUGUAUCUGGGGUGGCAUACAGGGAUAAUGACCACCUGGGACAGAGAAGCAGGCUUCAGGGCUGGCUGGUUCACUCAUUUAAGCAUCCACUCAAGUUUUUUUUGGCAGUACUGGGCCUCAUGUUUGCUUGACAAGUAUACUAUCACUAGAGCCACAUUCCCAAUCUUAUUUUUGAGACAGGG